UCUGCCGGCCUCAUUAUGGAAGAGCACAAUGGCUCGGUGGAGAUUCCCCAGCUGAGCCAAGGGCGGCACGCUGCCAUCAAGUGUGGGUGGCUGAGGAAGCAAGGAGGCUUUGUCAAGACUUGGCACACACGCUGGUUUGUUCUCAAGGGGGAGCAGCUCUAUUAUUUCAAAGAUGAGGAUGAAACCAAACCCUUGGGGACCAUAUUCUUGCCUGGAAACCGAGUGAUUGAGCAUCCUUGCAAUGAUGAAAGUCCAGGGAAAUUCCUCUUCGAAGUGAUUCCAGGAGGAGACAGAGAACGGAUGACAGCCAAUCAUGAGACGUACCUUCUUAUGGCCAGCACUCAGAAUGACAUGGAGGAUUGGGUGAAAUCUAUCCGCAGGGUUAUAUGGGCGCCUUUUGGAGGAGGUAUUUUUGGACAGAAGCUGGAAGACACCGUCCGAUAUGAGAAGAGGUAUGGAAACCACUUGGCUCCCAUGUUGGUGGAGCAGUGUGUGGAUUUUAUUCGGCUGCGUGGCCUGAAAGAGGAAGGGCUGUUCCGACUGCCGGGUCAGGCUAAUCUCGUGAAAGAACUGCAGGAUGCUUUUGACUGUGGGGAGAAGCCGUUGUUUGACAGAAACACGGAUGUACACACAGUGGCGUCACUUUUGAAAUUGUACCUCAGAGAGCUCCCAGAACCAGUUAUCCCGUACUCCAAGUAUGAAGAUUUUCUUUCUUGUGCCAAACUGCUCAGCAAGGAGGAGGAAACGGGGCUGAACGAACUAGUGAAACAAGUAAAGAGUUUGCCAGUAGUCAACUACAACCUGUUGAAGUAUAUUUGCAGAUUCCUGGAUGAAGUCCAGUCCUAUUCUGGUGUGAACAAAAUGAGUGUGCAAAACCUUGCUACUGUGUUUGGUCCCAACAUCCUGCGUCCCAAAGUGGAAGAUCCUCUGACCAUCAUGGAAGGUACCGUAGUGGUCCAGCAGUUGAUGUCCAUACUGAUCAGCGAACAUGAGCUGCUGUUUCCCAAGGAUGCCGACAUCCAAAGCGGGCAGGAGGUGUGUAACAACAACAACGAGAUCCAAAAGAAAGUCAUCAUUGGUCAGCUCCAGAACAAAGAGAACAACAAUACAAAGGAUUCACCCGUCAGACGCUGCUCUUGGGACACACCCGAGUCUCCUCAGAGAACUAUCGUGGACAACGGGUCUCCUACGGCACAGCCCGGGAGCAAGUCAAACAGCCCCAGGAACAGUGUUCACAAACUGGAUGUCACCAGAAGUCCACCCCUCAUGGUGAAAAAAAACCCGGCAUUUAAUAAAGGCAGUGGCAUAGUCACCAACGGGUCCUUCAGCAGCUCUGUGGAGGGCCAAGAGAAAACGUCACCAGCUUUAUCCAACGGUACCUUGCAGACCAGAAGAACCUCUUCGCUGAAAGGGCCAGUAACCAAAAUGGGCACCCACAGUGUGCAGAAUGGAGGCGUGCGGAUGGGCAUUUCCAGCACUGAUGCCCACAGCAACUCUCUGAACAGCCGCAACCACAGCUGGAUGCCCAAUGGGUAUGUGACACUGAGAGACAGCAAGCAGAAGGAGCCCAUGAGCGAUUCGGGCCAACACAACAGACUCUCGACUUACGAUAACGUACACCAGCAGUUCUCCAUGGUGAACGCCGAAGACAAGCAGAGUGUCGACAGCGCCACUUGGUCCACCUCCUCGUGUGAGAUAUCCCUCCCGGAACAUUCCAACUCUUGCCGGUCUUCUACCACCACCUGCCCCGAACAAGACUUUUACGGGGCCAAUUUUGAAGACCCCGUCUUAGACGAAGCCCAACACGAAGAGCUCUCCAACCAAGGAGAUUACGAGGGCAAAGGUGACCGGAGGAGUGUCGGAGGGCGCAGCAGCCGGGCCACCAGCAGCAGCGACAACAGCGAGACGUUUGUGGUCAACAACACGAGCAACCACAGCGCUUUGCACAGCCUCGUCUCGAGCUUAAAGCAGGAAAUGGCAAAGCAGAAGCUGGAGUAUGAAACAAGGAUAAAAAGUCUCGAACAGAGGAACCUGUCCCUGGAGACAGAAAUGAUGAGCCUGCACGACGAACUGGAACAAGAGAAGAAAAAGUUUACAAUGGUAGAAAUUAAAAUGCGCAAUGCCGAGCGGGCCAAAGAAGAUGCCGAGAAGAGGAACGACAUGCUGCAGAAGGAGAUGGAGCAGUUCUUCUCGACGUUCGGGGAACUGACGGUAGAGCCGCGUCGGCCCGAAAGAGGAAACACCAUAUGGAUCCAAUGAGCACAGCUGACCAAGACUGUGGGAUUCUGGGGAAAGGGUGGUUAGGAUAUUACAUUGUAAUAGGUGACUGGUCACCUGAAUGAGGCUAGCACUCAAUGUAACAUUGUCGAAAGAAAGCGCCAUGUCCACGUCCAGCAACCGCAUCUGCCGUGUGUCCUUUUUAAAUCGACAAAUCAUACCCUUUGAAUGCAUCAUAAUGCUACUGUCAUGUGUUAUACCUGGGUUUGUGUAUAUAGAUUUUAAAUAGGUCAUCUUGAGAGAAAAAACAUAGAAAGAGAUGAGAAAAAAAUAUUUUAAAGGCAAGUCUUAUAUUUAAACCGACACGUCAUUGCAAUCAAGCUUUAUAUUGAGGCUUUUCUCCUUUGCACUUACUUAACAUAAUAAGCUAUUUUUGGCAUUGUGUUACCAUCGGCUUAUUUUGUAUAUUAAUUUUCUUUUGGUUGCAACCCCAAUUGCUGGGGAAUUAAGAUAAAUAUAUAUAAUGUUAGCUAUUAAACAAAAAAGAUAGUGUGACCGUGCUGUUUGUGCCAAUAGAUCUGCCCAUGACCAAAAAAACAACAAAAGUGUAAAUAAUUUUAUAAAAAUAUAACAUGAGCAUCUAAUAACUUCAAA